CGUGCGCGGGGGUUGCCUUGGCGACCGGGAAAACGUUGACCUGCAACAGCUGGGGCGCCAGAGGCUGGCGAGGAAGGAAAGCUGGGAGUCUCCGGCUGUGCCGCGGACUGUUGCAACGUCCGCCGCAGAACUGGGUUCCCCACAGCUGCGGGGCGUUCGGUGGCGCAGAAGUGAACAUGCACCCUGAGCCCUCGGAGCCUGUGGCGGAUGGGGCAGGAAAGCUGGACUGCACGCAGGAGCGCGGCGUGGAGGAGUCUGCGGGUGACCACGGGAGCGCAGGCCUAGGGGGCUGCUGCAAGGAAGAAAUUAAUGAGCCUAAGGAAACACGUGUGGGUUCUUCUGACACAUCCUCCCAAAGCCAGCAGAAACAGAGUGGUGAUAACGGGUCAGAUGGUCACUUCCCACACCCAAGAGAAGACAGGGAAGAUCGGGGCCCCAGAAUGACUAAAAGUUCUCUGCAAAAACUCUGCAAGCAGCACAAACUUUAUAUUACUCCAGCAUUGAAUGAUACAUUGUAUUUACACUUUAAAGGAUUUGACCGCAUUGAGAACCUGGAAGAAUACACAGGGCUGCGCUGUCUCUGGCUGCAGUGCAAUGGAAUACGGAAAAUUGAAAACCUGGAGGCCCAAACCGAGUUGCGUUGCCUCUUCUUGCAAGUGAACUUGCUCCAUAAAAUCGAGAACCUGGAACCUCUGCAGAAACUGGACGCUCUUAACCUCAGCAACAAUUACAUCAAGACCAUUGAAAACCUCUCCUGCCUCCCAGUCCUGAAUACACUGCAGAUGGCCCACAAUCACCUGGAGACUGUGGAGGACAUUCAGCAUCUACGCGAGUGUUUGAGGCUCUGUGUCCUUGACCUUUCACACAACAAGCUGAGCGACCCGGAGAUCCUGAACAUUCUGGAAUGCAUGCCCGAUUUGCGUGUACUGAAUUUGAUGGGAAACCCGGUUAUCAGGCACAUUGCUAAUUACAGAAGGACCGUCACUGUGCGACUGAAGCACUUAACAUACCUGGAUGAUAGACCAGUUUUUCCAAAGGACAGAGCUUGUGCAGAGGCCUGGGCUAGGGGAGGGUACACAGCUGAGAAGGAGGAGAGACAGCAGUGGGAGAGUCGGGAGCAGAAGAAGAUCACAGACAGCAUUGAAGCCUUGGCCAUGAUCAAGCGGCGGGCGGAGGAGAGGAAAAGACAGAGAGAGAGUCAAGAAAGAGGGGAGAUGCUGCCUUCAGAUGAUGGUGAGAACGUGCCCACCAGUGCUGAAGGCAAGGAAGAGCCUCCGAGGGACAGAGAAGCAAGGCAGAAGAUGGAGCUGUUUGUUAAGGAAUGCUUUGAGGCCAAGGACGAGCUCUACCCGGAAAGGCCAAGUGGAGGAGAGGAGCCGCCUGUGGAGGCUAAAGAAGAGGACGGAGAUGGAGAGUCAGAGGGGACCCUCCCAGCUGAGGCCCCGCCACUCCUGCCACCUGUGGAGGCUAAAGGAGAGGACGGAGAUGGAGAGCCAGAGGGGACCCUCCCAGCUGAGGCCUUGCCACUCCUGCCACCUGUGGAGGCUAAAGGAGAGGACGGAGAUGGAGAGCCAGAGGGGACCCUCCCAGCUGAGGCCUCACCACUCCUGCCACCUGUGGAGGCUAAAGGAGAGGACGGAGAUGGAAAGCCAGAGGGGACCCUCCCAGCUGAGGCCUCGCCACCGCUGCCCCUCGGAGCUGCCAGGGAAGACCUGACUCACCAGGCUGUGGCUGCUGAGUUUGUUACAGAACUCAACGGGUCGGGAACGGAAGGUGUAGAAACUGUUAAACUGGAGACAAAGGAGACGUUCCGCAUUGAUGACCUCCCUGACUUGGAAGAUGAUGAGGAAGCAGGCAGAUCUCUGCAAGACCAGGCUAAGAAUAUGUGCUUUCCGAAGAUUGAGGCCAUCUCGAGCUUGAGUGAUGACAGUGACCCUGAACUGGACUACACAUCACUCCCCAUGCUGGAAAACCUGUCUGUAGACACCCUCUCAAAUAUAUUUGCAGUCUCUAAAGACACCUCAAAGCAGCUUCGGGCGCCCUUUGCAGACAUCUUUAAAAAAGAAGCUAAGAGGGACAUGGAAAUCCGAAAACAAGACACCAAGUCCCCACGACCCCUGAUCCAGGAGCUCAGUGACCAAGAGCCCUCUGGCCAACCAUGGAUACCCCCAACCUGCCAAAGAGACGCUGCACCCCUCACUUCCAGUGGAGACAGGGACAGCGACUUCCUUGCAGCCUCUUCUCCAGGAACCAGCACAGAAAAGAAAGAAGUGCAGUCUGAGCUGCAGCCUGUGGAGCCUCGGGUCAGGGCAGGCCUGGAGGACGCUGAGCCAUCCCCCAGUCCUUCACGUCACAGUGACAGGGAGAAAGCACAGGUGACCCUUCCUUCCACAUGUGCUGGAGUUGCCCAGCCCAGCCCUUCCCUGUCCACGUGGGACUGUAGCUCGUUCCGUCCUGCAAGCAUAUGUUCCCCUAGCUAUACGUAGCACAAAUGGUGUAAUUACAAAUGUCUCCUUUAGGCAUGAUAAACAUUUUAACACCCACACGAGUCAAUGUAUGAUUGGGCUAUCUCCUGUUCGUGAGAGUCACAUGCUAUUCCUUUCACCAGCCACCCUGACAAAGACCAUUCUCUGUGUCACCAGAAAUGUAAUCAGACACACCCAGGUCCCUAUAAAAUCUGAAGUGGGCAUUUUCCCCAAAGGAAAGCAGAAUCUUCCACUGCAGCUAAAGAAACUCAGAGGAACAGGGACUUGAUACUUUAGACAUCAAAAUGAGAAGGGGAGAGAGCAAAGAAAGGGGGGAGUCCAUAAGGCACAACGAGGAUUUCUCCCAAACUGACAUGACUGUGACCCUCCACUCAGAGGGCAUUACCAAGAGCCCACAGGUGCCAGACCCAUGUCCCGAGGGAGAAGGAACAUCAGCCAUCUGUGCAUGAGCUCAGUUACUGUGUGGGGACGCUGUCCAGCCUAAAACAUCUGACCACUCCAAUUCAUGUCCAGCUGACAAGUUUAUUCAAUCCCUGAACCGGGAUCCAAGGUGUCUCCCUGUACAAAAAAUCCGAUCUCGGGAGAGGCUGAAACACCCCAAACGGCAGCUGCCGAUGGCCACUGUGCCCGCCUCAUCAGCAGCUCUGCAGGGGCCUCACCAAACACAAGGAGGAGGCAGCACUACUGCCCCCUUUUCACUGGAGGACGGAAGGCACAAGAACGGAGGGACCUGUCUGAGGCCACUUGCUGGAGUGCAGCGGAGCCCUGCCUACCAGCACAGACUGGAAUCCCGGCAACACAGGCCCGCCAGGACCUCCUGAAGCUGCCUUUUGGAAUGAUCUCCAGGUGAAUAUAUAAAAUAGAAAAAACUAUUACAUUCUGUUGCCCUAUCCCUU